GGGCGGGGCGGGGCGGGGCGGGGCGGGCGGCGGUGCGGCAGCGGGGCGCGCGGCGGCGGCGGACAAUACCGGGGCGGCGGCGCGGCUCGGCACCAUGCUGGCGCUCUUCAACAAGCUGCUGGACUGGUUCCGGGCGCUCUUCUGGAAGGAGGAGAUGGAGCUGACGCUGGUGGGGCUGCAGUACUCGGGCAAGACCACCUUCGUCAACGUGAUCGCGUCAGGACAGUUCAAUGAAGACAUGAUCCCGACAGUGGGCUUUAAUAUGAGGAAGAUCACCAAGGGGAACGUUACCAUAAAGCUCUGGGACAUUGGUGGCCAGCCUCGUUUUCGCAGCAUGUGGGAGCGGUACUGCCGCGGAGUGAGCGCCAUCGUGUACAUGGUGGAUGCUGCUGACCAGGAGAAGAUAGAGGCCUCAAAGAAUGAACUUCACAACCUGCUCGACAAGCCACAGCUCCAGGGCAUCCCGGUCCUAGUCCUUGGGAACAAGCGAGACCUCCCUGGUGCCUUGGAUGAGAAGGAGCUCAUUGAGAAGAUGAACCUGUCUGCCAUCCAGGACCGAGAGAUUUGUUGCUACUCUAUCUCCUGCAAAGAAAAGGACAAUAUCGACAUCACCCUACAGUGGCUUAUUCAGCACUCGAAGUCUAGGAGAAGCUGAGAUCCUGCAGACCGCAGCUCAUAUCGGGAAGAUGCCAUUGUACAAGCCCAUGCCCCCUUCUUUCUCCUGCUCUGUCCCUUCAGCUCUCUCUCUAGAUGGGUAUUUUUAGGGGACCCCAGACUCCGCUCGUGUUGAGGUGGAGCCCUUGUUUUUAUUGUAAAGAAAAUGUCCAACUCUGCCCUUCUCUCCACUCCUCUCUCUGUCUCUCCUUCCCAUUUUGGCACUGUUCUGUUGUUGUCUGUGUAUACAGUAUAUAUAUAUAUGUAUAUAUAUUUUAAUUUUUUAAUUUAAGCGAUAACGCUGUUACUAAACUGGGCCCUAUGAGCUGUAGGAAGGCUGUGGGCUCCCCGAGGGCGGCUGAGGGUCAGUGCUGUGAGGAAGAUGAGCGUGGUGGCAGAACGCAGCCCCUGGGGCAGUGGGCUGUGCCGGGCUGCAGACAGGUGCCAUGGUUCUCCUUCGCCUCUUCCCUGGGGUCCUUGCCUGUAUCUCCAGGGCUUGGGCCUCCCUGGGGGGGUCGGGAGUGCUCCUGCCCUGUCCUCGCCCUGUCUUCGCAGAAGAACAGCCCUUCCCUGUGCUUUGGCCUCCUUUGGGCAGGGCUCACCCAGGAACGCGGUGGGCACAGCCGGCUGGGGAGGCAAUGCCGUCCCUCUCCCCAGGCUCCUCUCCCUGCCUUUGGGGUUGGGGAUCUCAUGACCUGGUAAGAUCAACCUCCACGCAGUAUCUCCAGCUCCCGUACUGCUGCCCCACACCCCAUCCUCGCCGCCGUGGGCAACUUGUCUCCCUCCCCUGCGUUUCCUCCUGACCAGGGCUGGGGCAGAGUUGUGUCCAGGGCCCUCGGACUGCCCUACGCCCUGGAAAUCUGCUGUGGCACGGUGACUGCAGUUGGGGGCCGAGCCUGCCUGGGCCCCCACGCUUGGGCAGGGUGCUGCCCUGGCUGCCCUGGCGAGCCUCGGGGCAGCCGCAGUGGUAACCUAAGUGGCCUGGAGCUAGUGCAGAGGGGCCUGGUGAUGCCAGGCAGCCUCCCCCACCCGUGGAAAGCAUGGGGACAGCCCCUAGCCUCCCCCUGCCCCAGUUGCUCCACAGGUAUGUCUCAGCCUCACGUAGCCCACCUUCUCCGGGCUGCCACGAUUGCUUCUGCAAGCCAAAAGGCAUCACCCUGCCCCUGGCUAGAGGCUGCUGGUUUCUGAUCUGGUUGAACACAUCAUGCGGGGGGGGGGGGGCGGGUAGAGGAGGUGGCACUUUUCCCCCUGUGGAUGCAGGACCCUGAGGACAGUGCUCCGGCGUGUGCCCUGCUCCCUGUUGCCGUAUGCUGCCAUGCUGGAGCUGGCUCCUGUGCCUGCCCGGGGUGUCCUGGCUCCGGAGGGAGCUACCGUGCCCUCGGGGCCCGAGGGCAGUGAGGUGGAGGGGACAGCAGGGCCAGUGGGUGUCAGUGUUUGGUCCCUUCCAGCACAUGGGGAAAGAGUGAGAGGAAACCCAGUCUCUGGGAUGGGUCAGAGAGGCUUUGCCUGUCUGUGCUGUGUGCUGAGUUGCUGGGUCUCUGCACAGCACAGCCUUGGGGCCUUGCCAGGUUGCGUAUGGGCCAGUUUGGGGGUGGGGGGGACACAUAGCUGGGCCCUUUUGGUGGGAUGGGGGCAGGGGGAGAUACACUGAUGCCAAGAGGUGAGGGUGCUUAAGUGGGGUCAGAGCUGUGGCACGGUGGAGGGGCACCUGCCUCUCUCCAGCUCAGGGCUGGGGGGAGAGGGUGGAGGUAACCUGGAGGCCGUUGCAUUCCCUUCCUGCCUGUAUUUUGCUGAGAGGCAGCUUGCAGCCAGCACGGGAGGCUGCAGGGUCCCUCUCGGAGCCCUUUUCCCUUACGUGGACUGGCUCCUGGGGGCGGCAAGGCUGUGAUGUUCUCUUCGGUUCUUAUUUUUGCAGAAUUGCACAAAGAGAGGUUUCCUUUUUCUUUUCUUUUCUUUUUUUUUUUUAAUUUAAUGAAUUGUAAAGUGUUGUCAUCCCCCCUCUUUUUCUUUUUUUUCUUUUUUUUUUUAAGAGAGAUUUUGGCUCAGAUUUGACCUCUGUUGGGAAAUGAUUCUUGUAACUGUACAUUUUUUUUUGCCUCCUAAUAAUAAUAAAUUAACAAUUUUGCGUUGG